GGACCCCAGCCGUCGCCUCCGAGCGUGGGGGAAGGAGGACCCGGGUCGCGCCGGGGAGAUGGAGCUAGUCGGCGGCUGUUACGAGCAGAUUCUUUUCGGGUUCGCGGUGCGGCCGCGGGAGUACUCCUUCCUAGGCAGUCAUUGCCAAAGUGCUGAAGGAGAAAGGGGAGGACUGGCUUGGAUUUUCCUAAAAGCCUCGACUUGUCUCUUUCUUCUGGAAGCCAUAGAACCUCUUUCCACACAGCACCAAUCCAUCCCCAUCACCAGUCACAAGAACUGGAUGCCUAUCCCUGACUUUACCCAUCAUGCCCACACUGCCUCAUUAUCAGCAGUAGCUGUGAAUAACAGAUAUGUAGUAACUGGUAGCAGAGAUGAAACAAUCCAAAUAUAUGACAUGAAAAAGAAGAUAGAACAUGGGGCAUUGCUUCAUCAUAAUGGCACGAUAACUUGCCUGGAGUUCUAUGGGAAUGCAUACUUAUUAAGUGCAGCAGAAGAUGGAUUAAUUUGUAUUUGGGACACAAAGAGAUGGGAAUGUCUGAAAUCCAUUAAAGCACAUAAGGGGCAUGUGACAUCUCUUUCUAUUCACCCUUCUGGAAAAUUAGCUUUGUCAGUAGGAACAGACAAAACAUUAAGAACAUGGAAUCUUGUAGAAGGACGAUCUGCCUUCAUCAAAAAUCUGAAGCAAAAUGCACACAUAGUUAAAUGGUCUCCUAAUGGAGAGAAGUAUGUGGUGAUCGUGACUAAUAAAGUGGAUAUCUACAAACUUGAAACAGCAUCUGUCAGUGGUGCCAUCACAACUGAGAAAAGAAUUUCUUCAGUUAGAUUUAUAACAGAUUCUGUUCUUGCUAUUGCCGGAGAUGAUGAAGUUAUAAGACUGUACGAUUGUGACUCACAAAAGUGCCUUUGUGAAUUUAAAGCUCAUGAAAACAGGAUAAAAGACAUCUACAGUUUUGAAAAAGAAGGACUACAGGUUAUCGUUACUGCAUCCAGUGAUGGAUACAUUAAAUUGUGGAGCCUUGAACUUGAUAAGAUCCAGGAUAGCCCAUCUUUGCUAUGUGAAGUCAAUACCAAAGCCAGGCUUACAUGUCUAGCAGUAUGGCUAGACAGAACUUCAGAAACCAAAGAGAACCCUGACACGGCUACAACCUCCUCUUAUGGUAACAGAGUAAAUGAAGAUGAACCACCAUUGAUAACUAGGAAAAAGAAAGUUUGUUGGACUGAUGAUAGUGAUAAAUCAGCAAAGGGAAAUAGGCAAGUGACGCCCAAGAAACGAAAAUCAGAAGGUGCACAGCAAAAGAAAAAAAUGAAACUACAGAGCUGAUGAAUGUAAUGAAUGUAAUGAAUGAAAAUGAAUGUAACCUCUUUACCACUCAAAUAAUAAGCUGAUAUUAGUAAAUUUCGGUAUCACUGUAACCAUUUUUUACACCUCUCACUUCUACUCAAGCCAUUUUUUGCCAUCUCAACAGGGCAUGUAUUUCUGAAACUAUCUAAUUUUGGGAGUAGAAAAUUUUUCUCAUUGGUAAAUGACUAUUCAGAAUUUUGGAAGGUGGCAAAUCUGAUGGUACUAACUUUUCUUGAAAUAUACCAUUCAGAGGUAAACACAUAAUGUAGUAUAUCUAAUUUAUAUUUUUAAUUAUAUCAAGUAUAGUAUAAAAAUUCUCUUUGAACAGUUCUGAAUUUAAAACUACAAAAAUUGCUGCAGUUCUGCGUUAAUAUACUUGGAUUUUCUCGUUUUAAUAAUUAAAACUUGAAAAAAAGGUUUCAGUGAAAUAUACAAUGAAAAUGUUUGCAGUUAACCAUUUCUACAAUGUUAAAUUGUUUGUAACAGGACUGGCAGCCCAUAAAGAUCUUCCACAGUGUUUGGGCACUUGUAUCUAGGAGGACUUCAUUUUGGAGGGGACCAGUUUUUUAUAUAAUUCAGGGAAAACUGUGUUUUAAAUACACAUACUAGGCUGGAUUUUUUUACUAAAAAUAUGUGCCUGCCUUUAUCAUUUAAGGAUUAUCUUUAGACAAUCUUAAUAUAUACUCCAUGAUGUCAUAAACAUAGAACUACCAAAAAUAUCCUUCAUAUAUUCACAAAAAGAAAAUUUGUGUUUAACCCUUAAGACAGCAAUGAAAAGAGGGUGUAAAAAGCAAAUUGUAUAUUUUUUGCCUUCUACUAUUUCAAGUCUUUUAUUUUAAAAAGGCCUGUCUGUGUCCAUAAAUUCAACUCUGUUUAUGUCCUCUUUUUCCAGAAGUUGGUUUACUUGAUUGAAACGGGUUCAGAGUAGUAGCCGUGUUAGUCUAUAUCCGCAGAAAGAAAAGGAGUACUUGUGGCACCUUAGAGACUAACAAAUUUAUUUGAGCAUAAGCUUUUGUGAACUACAGCUCAAUUUAUCGGAUGCAUAGGUGCCACAAGUACUCCUCUACUUUUUUUGAUUGAAACACACACUCUGAUAACUUUUAUGCAGGCAUUUUACAAGUAUUUACAUUUACACUCAGGCUGUUGAAAUGCCAGUGUUAAUAGAAAGUGGGCUAGAACAACUUUAAGAUGUCCUAUAUGUUUUAAAUCUUUAUGUUCAAAGAAAUCUAAUAUAAAUUAGUUAAGUUGGAAAAGCUUAUAUUAAUUUCUUUCCUUCUCCUUUUCUCCCCUAAAAAUGUUUAUCAAGUCUGUGCUCUGAGAUUUAUUGUGUAAAACAGAGAAAAAGUAGUAUUUAUUAUGUACGUAAAGUUGUCUCCCUGAUGAACCAUUAUACCAUUGUGCUAAGUAUUCGUACUGGCCAUAAUUCCACCUAUCUUUAAAGGAAAGUGAGCAGAGAAUGUUCAGUCAAAAUAAGAAUCAUGGCUGACAAUAGGCACUAAAGCAGAAAUGUUCUCUACUCCAGUGGUUCUCAACCAGGGGUCCAGGGACCCCUGGGGGCCGCGAGCAGGUUUCAGGGGCACCACCGAGCAGGGCCAGUGUUAGACUUGCUGGGGUCCAGGACCGAAAGCCGAAGCCCCGUCGCCUGGGACUGAAACCCGGGGCUCUGAGUCCCACCACCUGGGGCUGAAACCGAAGCCUGAGCAAUGUAGCUUCGCCGGGGCGCCUGUGGCUACCCCCUAACACCGGCCCUGGCUUUUAUAUGCAGAAAACCAGGUAUUGUGGCAUGGGUGGACUGUGAAGGUUUUAUAGCAUGUUGGUGGGGGCUGCAGAAAGAAAAAGGCUGAGAACCCUGCUCUACUCUAUAUAAAAAUUUGAUUAACCUGAAUGUAGAGGACCAGAUUAGUAUUGAAGCGGUAGGAAAACUCAACAGAAUGAAUGGGGCCACACUGAAAAAGUAAUGCAGUGUAUCUUGGUGGGGGACAUAAAAUAAAACCUGUAAAGUAUUUUAGCACAGCAGCCUGACUCUGCCUCAGCACUAAAGGGUCCUCUGAAACAAAAGCAAAACAAACAUCAUCUGGACUCUCCUAGGAUCUUUCACUUUAUGGUGGCAAUGUGCUCUUGGAGUAGGGAUCUAUGUUAAUCUUUUGUAACUUUUUCCCUUAUUUAGUUGAACUAAACCCUGUCUGUGUUAAUUUGAUUUUUAAACCUAGUUUAUAUUGAUUUAGCUUAGCUUCACAGGGACAGUUUAAAGUUACACCUUUAUUUAAACUUGCAUAACUGAAUAUACAUUAAGGCCUAAAAUAAUUUUUAGAAGCUUUUGAUUUUAUACAAAGCUUUUACCUAUAUAAAAUAAGCCUGAUCCAUUUGAGGGUGCAGUGUGAGAUGUAUCCAAUCAAACUUUUAACUGACUGCUAGGCAGAUAUUGAGAGUUGUGUAUGGUUCUUUUAGAACUAUAUUUUGUAUAGUAUUUUCAGAUGUCUAUUUUUAUUUCUAUUUAAUAUGUCUAUGGGCUGAGGUGAUGGAUGCCAUUUAUACAUGUAGACAAGUAGACAGCAAUUUUGGUUUUUUAAAUAUGUAGGAUGAAUUUUCACAAACACUGCAAUAUAUGGAGAUUAAUCUCUACCCAAAAAAUUAAGCGUAUACAUUUUUAAGACUGUGGAUCAAAAAUUUAAGAGUUUAUUGGCUAAGACCCUAUCCUGCCAAGACUUUUGAACUUGCUUACUGCACGUGAGUAGACCUAUUGUCUUCAGUGGAAUUGCUCGUAAAUCUUUGCAGGAUCUAGGCCUAAAGAACUAUAUGACUUUAGCCCCCUUCCAUAAAUGUCUCCACAGCCAAUUCUAUGGCCCCAGGUGCAAGUAUACUCAUGCUGACUAUUGCCUGUUUCUGACUCUAAUAUUAAUGAAAAGGUUCAGUGCUGUACAGUGUUGGUUUGGGACUGCUCACUUUUUUGCUUUGAAACCUGAAAUGUGGUGUCCACUCUGAAUUCCUAUUCAACACCUCUCAGGUUCUUUGAACCCUGUAGUACCAUUGAAUUGAAGAAAGUGAGAAGAUAUUUUAAGCACUUGUUCAGGUGGUUUUGUUUAAAUCUUAGUUGUUUGUAAGAAAUGUUUUUCUGUAUCCUUCAUAUGUCUUUGGGAUAUAUUUUAUCUCGCAGUACACAAGGUGUAGGCAGGAAAUGUUAGUGCAAAACACUUUCUUCACCAAAUGUGUCCAUUUUGCCAGUGUUGCAUACUUACUAUAGUGGAAGAAACUGUUGCAUUUACCACACUUGUGAAUGCAUUUGAUGAGGGUUAGAGGGAUCUUCUGUAACUGGGCUUUCAGCUAAUUACUAGACACAAGAAACAUUGGAAAAAAACUACUAAUCAGUAACAUCUGAAAUGUAUAUGUUACACUUCGGUAAGGACUGAGCUGCGGUGGAAUAAUACUGUUUACUAGAUAUGAUCCCAGUAAUCAAGUUAUUGUCUAGAUCUGAAUUUCCUAAGAAUUUGUGGCUGAGGUUUGGAUCUGGUGUUUCUGCUUAGGCCCAUCCCUAGUUUUUUUAACCUGUCUAAUUGUAGAGGCGUAUAUAAACUAUAAAUCAUUUUAUGCUAACUGUAGGCCCAAAGUUGGAUAUUCAACAAAAUUUCCAUAAGUCAUCAGUCAUUACAGUGGCAGUUAUCCUAGUUAAGUCUGAAAUGAAUCUCCUAUUGUCAACUGCAGUCUCUCUUUUUAUUUAUUAUUAAAUAAAGUUAUUGAUAACAUUCUCAACCUCCUUUUGGGCUGAAAAGAAAUGUUUUUCAUGUUUGUUUUUAGGUCAGAGGUGAUGUUUAAAAAACAACAACAAAAGCCUUUCACCAAAAUCCAUUAAGUUAUUUUUUUUUUUUUUUUGAGAGGUGUAUGCAGUGACAGACCAACCAUUUUCUUCCACAUGCUCCUGUCAGAUACUUUUAGCAAGUGUAAUUCAGCAAUAACCAGUGUGGGGGCUGAAAGAUAUACGUGUUUAAAAAAAAAAAAAAAGUGAGUUCUGCAAGGUAAACACUUCUUAGCUGAAACAUAUGUCCCACACUGUACAUUGAUAGCAUGUUCUUAUCACAAUAAGUACAGUCUAUAUGAAACCCCUAGUAAAGACCUAUUUCUGUUUUACUGAGCAAAUCCAAAAGAGAAGCUUCUGAUAAGACAGACAUGCUGAGAGGAGAUCAGAAGAACUGGGCACAAUGGCCCAUUAUCUGUGUAUCACAACUGCACCGGUUGGUUGGUUUGUCCCUCCUUGGGACCCAGCCAAAAAAAAAAAAAUAUUCUCUCUUAUUUCAGAGUAGCAGCCGUGUUAGUUUGUAUCCACAAAAAUAAAAGGAGUGCUUGUGGCACCUUAGAGACUAACAAAUUUAUUUGAUCAUAAGCUUUCGUGAGCUACAGCUCACUUCAUCGGAUGCAUGCAGUGGAAAAUAGAGUGGGGAGUUUUAUAUAUACAGAGAACAUGAAACAAUGAGUGUUACCAUACACACAGUAAUGAGAGUGAUCAGGUUAGUGUAUGGUAACACGCAUUGUUUCAUGUUCUCUGUGUAUAUAAAUCUCCCCACUGUAUUUUCCACCAAAUGCAUCCGAUGAAGUGAGCUGUAGCUCACGAAAGCUUAUGCUCAAAUAAAUUUGUUAGUCUCUAAGGUGCCACAAGUACUCCUCUUAUCUCCCCCUGCACCCCUUUUCUAUUCUUUUUUUCUUUCAUCCUCCUCCUAUAAAUAAUAGCAAGUAGAUGAAAAUAAAAGUGAGGUACCUUGAUUGUUCUUG